AUUAACUAACAUUUUGUAAUCAUGUCGUUGAUAUUUAAACAAGUAAUGCCUAACCUUUUUCGAGUAUUGCCAGCUGCAAGUUAUAAAAUGGUUAUUGUAGUAAGAACUGAUAUAUCUAUGGGUACAGGAAAAAUAGCUGCACAAUGUGCUCAUGCCGCAGUAGAAUGUUAUAGAAAUACACCAAUUAAUCCAAUGAAACAGUAUAUGUUUCGAAGUUGGUUAUAUAAUGGUCAACCAAAAGUAGUUCUUCAAGUAUCAAGUGAAUAUAAAUUAUUAGAGUUAGAACAGAAUGCUAAAAAAAUUGGUCUAGUCACAGCGGUAAUAAAAGAUGCGGGUAGAACUCAAUUAAAACCUGGAACUAUUUCAGUACUUGGAAUUGGACCGGAUCUAAGUACAGAAGUAAAUAGGGUUACUUCUCAUUUACAAUUGUUAUAAAAUUCCAAGGAAUUGUAGACAAAUAAUACAUUUUCU